CGGAGCGCGUCAGUGUUCACUUGCACUGAAGUGAGGUGUGGAGGCACAGACACACUCGGCGCGUCGGUGUCUCCCACUGACCGGGUCACACACUCACCUCGGUUUUUACUGCUCAGACACAACCGAUGCUCCAAUGGAGAGGCGACUUAAUGACCCGCCUUUGGAUGAAGUUGGAGUUUUUUUCGUGCCAAACAAACACAAUGUGACCAUGUCGAGUCAGUGAUCCGUUCACCCGCGUCGGAUUUCGGAGUACCCUUAUUGAUCCGGGGACGAGAGACCUGGGGGGGAAAAUGGGCAAACUUCAGUCAAAACACGCGUGUAAGCGCAGAGAAAACCCUGAAGGAGACAGUUUUGUUGUGAACGCCUUCCUCCGGAGAGGGAUGGAGGAGUGCGAGAGGUACAGCGCCACGGAGCACAAGCUGAAGAACAUGCAGGCGUUUCCAAAUGGUGAGCUGAAGGAUGGACACUUCACUGAUCAACACUGUCCCCUAGAGGUGGUUCUUCCUCCUGAGAAGGCCGAGGGCUGUGAAAGCUACCUGCAGUACCUGCACGCAGAGGACGGAGAGCGAGAGAUACUUAGAGAUGCCACCAAAGCCCCUGGGAAGAAACGGAUGAGUCUGGAUGACUUGGAGUGUGAUGUGUCUGUGGAGGACGACAACCGUCAGGAAUGGAUCUUCACCCUUUAUGACUUCGACAACAGCGGUAAAGUCACAAAGGAGGACAUGUCCAGUCUGAUGCACACCAUCUAUGAUGUGGUGGACGCCUCUGUGAAUCACUCCUGCCACAACAAGAGCAAGACUCUGCGCGUCAAACUGACUGUCACUCCGGAGCCAAGGAGCCAUAGAAGAGAAACGGGGGCAGAUCGCUGUCACCAGGACGAGGGGCGCUCAGCUGACAAACGGCUGUCCUCAUACAUCAGCAGCAAAGGGCAGAGCAAUGAGGCGCCGGCCACUGAGGGUCAGCAUUACUGUGUGGAUGAGAACACAGAGAGGAGGAAUCACUACCUGGACCUGGCUGGUAUAGAGAACUACACCUCCAGAUUUGAAGGAACCACCCCUGCCCAGGAGCCUCAGGGUCGGAGCUCCCAGAGCCAGAGCCAGAGCCAGAGCCGCUCCCGCUCCCAGGAACCAGAAGCCCAAGUUAUUCACCAGCGUCGCUCACAGGUCAUCAGCGAUAGCUACAACCCCACAGAGUCUCGGAGCAAGGGGACACAGUUCCUCAAGUCGCCCAAGGGCAACUACAAGGGAAGCGGAGGGAAUAACGGGGGGAGCGGAGGUGGCAAAUCCACUAAAUGCCACGGCUACCACCCCCCUCCGCAAACUAUGCUGCACAGUGGCAGCGCGGCAGGCCACGGAGGCCAAGAUGUGUACCACUUGCCGCACCAAGCUCAACCUUCCAGCCACCACCAGCACCCUUUGCAAUACAGUCACAGUAAGCGCCUGAGGGCCAAAACCAGGGAGGCCCUGUCCCCGACCAAAGCCCAGCUGUCCCCUCAGUCCCAGCCUCAGCAGCAACCUCCGGUGCCCCCAAGCCUGGAGAGAGAGCAGGCGUCUGGCCCUCCUGGUAGCCCGGGGUUUGUGGUUCCCAUGGUCCAACGUCAUGAGCACCACCAUCACCACGAACACCACCACCACCACCACUACCACCAUUACCACCAGACAUGACCGCCCUUCAGUGUGCAGUGACUCAAACUGUACAGGACCAACCACAACCAACCACACCAGUCUAAAGGACUUAACGUCAUCCCACGGGAGAGUCUCGCGCUCUGUCCAGGAUCUUUUUAUUCUCCUCUUGCAAGCUAUUCAGAUAUAUCCUGAGGUCAGAUGUACUGAGGGAUGCUGUAAGCGUGAUGACAGAUCAUAAAGGACUGGAAGGACGUUUUUCAGAAGUGAUUGUGUAAUGACAAAAUAUGUGUGGCACAGCUUUGAAGUCUUUGUUGGUUUUUCUGCUGGGACGGCUGUGACCGUUCCAGUAAAGGGCACAAAUACCAGAAAGAAACCGAUCAAAGGACUUUUUGACAGAACAUCCUUUCCCUCUUGAUGCUGUUGGUUGAAGUCCCAGGAAGCUAUACUGUAUAUCAGAGUGGGUGUGUUGUCCUAUGUGAGACCUUUCCAAAUCAUGGAUCUCAGGUGUAAAGGUGCUGCUGCUCUCAAGCGUUUCACAGAGGCUUCUUCCUCUGCGGGGCCUGAUGUGGACUGAGGGAUUUCCUGUUUGGGGAGGGAGUAUAAAAUCACCACUGCCAGUUUUAAUGCAAAAGUAUCUUGCUAUAUGUAUAAAAAAAAUCUAUAUAUGUAAACACAUUUUAUUGUAUAAUUAUUAUACUGUAUAUGCAUAUUUCAUCAUGGAUAUAUUAUGCA